GGUGACUUCACCCUGGACCAGAGACAGAGCAACAAUCACCAGAGUGUUAUCUCUCUUGAAUACUAAACUGAGAAUUGUCAGAGGAGGAAGUUGAGAUCUUAAUGUCUGCCUCCAGGUUUGACCGUGUGAGGGAAAGGCCUUUUUACGACCAGGUCCCAGUGAGCCCUGUAUGGAGGGACACUGAACUGCCCCCGCCUCAGCCCCCACUACAUGUGACCAUGCCUGCAGUCAGCUUAGACCCCCUCCCCCCUCCUCCUCUACCUGAACAGCCAGCUGUGGGGCCUGAAUCAUUUUACCCCUCCAGUGAUGAGGAACCAGCUGAUGGGAACUGUGACGCAAUGGACAUCAAGCCAGUUCGUCGCUUUAUUCCUGAUUCUGUCAAAAACCUUUUUCGGGGCAACAGUGGGAACGGCAAGAGUUGGUCCAUUUCUUCUUCUACACAACCUCAGUCCCUCACCCCAUCAGCCAGUAAGAAUACCACCUGCCACACCACAACAGGAGUACCCUGCUCACCACCCCCCUCAGCCCCUCCAUCGCCUUCACUUCCUGGCUCCUAUCGGGACCUCUAUGGUGGGUCAGGGGGAAGUUACACUUCCCAGAAGGAGCGAGACAGACUGUUGCUGGGUGCUGAUGCUGUGGACUUGGCUUCUCCAGAGCCCAGUAAUUUCUCAGCCCAGACUUACCAGGAGCGGGUGGAGGAGUACCAUCAGCGUUAUGCCUACAUGAAAUCUUGGGCUGGCCUGCUCAGGAUACUGGGCUGUGUGCAGUUGCUACUUGGAGCUGCUGUGUUUGCAUGUGUCUGUGCUUAUGUUCACAAGGAUAAUGAAUGGUUUAAUAUGUACGGAUAUUCCCAACCACAGAUGUAUGGAGGACUCGGUGGUGGUGGUUCAGCAUUUGGAUAUGGGAGCACUACUUAUACAGGCCCCAAGACACCCUUUGUCCUUGUAGUGGCUGGGCUAGCGUGGAUAGUGACUGUUAUUUUGGUUGUACUUGGAAUGACUCUGUACUACAGAGCCAUUCUUCUUGAUUCUUCUUGGUGGCCCCUAACAGAGUGUUCCAUCAACCUGGUAUUGGCUGUGCUUUAUAUGGCAGCGGGGAUUGUGUAUGUAAGGGAUACAACCAGAGGAGGACUUUGCUACACGCCUGUCUUCAAUAAUGCAAUAAAUGGUGCAUUUUGUCGCACAGAGGCUGGCCAGACAGCAGCCAUGAUCUUUCUAUUCUUCACCAUGCUGCUCUACUUCAUCAGUGCAGGAGUUUGUCUGAAGCUGUGGAGGCACGAAGCAGCCAGGAUGAGGAAAGAGGCACUGGCACAGGAGAUGAAAACCAUUGGAUCAUCACUCCCUCUGUCUGUACUUGAUUCAGCCUCAAGAGCCUUGGAGUCGACUCCUCUUCCCACCAUUCAGCCUGACAUCAUGAAUGCUUCAAACAAUGCUGUAGCUGCUCCUCUCAUGGCAACGGAACCAGAGAUUCUCAGUGGUCACAUACCAGCUGGGUAUAUCCCCAAACCUGUCAUCAUAGCUGACUAUGUUGCAAAGUAUCCCAGCAUCCACUCAGAUGAGGAGAGGGACCAGUACAGGGCCGUCUUCAAUGACCAGUAUGCUGAAUACCAGGAGCUGCAUGCUGAAGUCCAGGCCAUGGCUAAGAGGUUUGAAGAGAUGGAUGAGAUGAUACAGAACCUCCCCUCGAGGCCUUCAAGUCAAAUGGAGAAAGAACGGAUUAGUAGCAUUUUAAUGGUAUACCAAAGGAAGAAAGCUGACCCAACAUAUUUGGAAAAAAGGGAUCGUUGUGAGUACCUGAAAAACAAGCUUUCCCACAUUAAACAGAAGAUUCAUGAGUACAACAACACCAUGGACUAGAAUAUAUAUAGUGUUGCAGAAAAUCACGUUGUCUGAGUCAAACAAAUAAAAUUGUACAUCUAAAUCUGCCUGUGGGAAAAUGACUGCUGUCACUGUUACAUGAAAUUACACAUUUAACAAAGUGUGGGCAAGACAACAGCAAGGUAUUUUUUCAAAAUGUGAAUGUAAAAUAGUAAUAAAUAUGAGUGGCUGAACAGAGAGACAUACUGGCUCACAUCUUCACAUCUGUCAGGUGAGUACUGGCUGUGAAAAGAAAAAGGAUCGAGGCAGAUGUAAACCUGUGACCGAGUUCUGGAUUUAAUAAUGGAUGUAGUCCUGAUUGAAAAGAAAAUUUCAAAAGUAAAGCUGGUAUUCUCUGUCAGGUUUAAAUAUAGAAAUGAGCAGUUCCUUACCAGUUUCUACAAUGAUUUAAAACUAACCUCAAGAGCACAUAUCCCACCAUGUCAUUAUCUAAUAAACAAACAUAACAAAACAAUAUAAACAUUUACAAUAAACUAUGUACAUCCCUGAAAUCAUAGGUAUGUCUAAUCCAGGCAUGUCCAAAGUGUGGGCCAUUUGUGGCCCUUGUACUGAUUUUGGGAGGCACCCAACCACAUUUCAAGAAGAAUUUGAUUCACAAGCACAGGUGGCUGAUGCAGACAGAAACUUUUUUUUUUUAUUAGGGCAAAAAGUAUUACAGAAAAGUUAAAAAUCUUACUUUGAAAAUAUUAAGUACAACAGAAAGUAUUCAUCUUUUUAUAGCCACACUUUUCACAUUCUCUUUAAUUUAAUAAUAAAUAGGACCCAUGACAUUUUAUUAUUCAAAUGCAGACUUUGGUGCAUUAAAAUGUGCUUUGAAUUAUUGAAAUUGCAUUUUCAAAGAACAGCUGACCAAAAUCCUGUUUUUAUUUUGCUAGACCAAAAAGAGUUCAGUUUAUUAUUAGUAUUAGAGUCAAAUUAAAUUAUUCAAAAUACUUUGCAAACUAAAUACAAUCUUUUAAUACGGCAAAUAAACAAAACCCUUUUUUACUUGUGGAUCUACAAUGAUUUACAGUCAAUUCCAGCGGAAAACCUGAUUGCAUUGUUUAUUCAAGAUUAGAUUUUUUAGAGACAUUAUCACUUUUUGGCCCCCCGAGUUCCUUCGACUUGAAUAUUUCCGCAAAUAGUUUUGCAGAAUAUGAGCUAUCUACCUGGCUAGCUUUUUGUGUAGAACCUUACUGUUAAUUUUUGUAUGUGUUUAAAUAUUUUGAAUCACAUAUGGUUUUGUCUUUUAGCCUGAUGUAUUUUAUAAGAACUGCAUGGUGUAACUUUUGUUUUACUAUGAUAACAUACUGGGAGGACUUCUGUUUAUUGUUGUAUUAAAUCUGUCAGUCCAGCUGCUGCAUGCUAUCACUGCAGUGGAAAUGAAUUACAUACACAACCUAUUACAGAUGCAAUGUUUGUGUAGUUUGACUGCUUAUAUGUUGUUUGCAAUAUUAUGACCCAAAGAGUACUUUCCAAUAACAAAUAUGUGUUCUGGAGUGUCUGUUGUGUUCAUAUGACUGAAGUGUGAAGUGAUUUAGUAUGAUAGAAUUGCUCAGAUAUAUUUGGUGGUGUACAAACGUCUAAGGCAGCCAAUGCUAUACUUAAAAUAAAUAAAGUAAAUAGUGGUAGCAAUUUAUUUAAUAUGUGCGUACACAAAUGUACAAAGGUAAAAGGUAAACAGGUAAAACCUUAACUGUCAUUAAAGCUGACAUUUGUUAUGACUACAUUUUGGUUUCAUCACAGACUCAAUACCCAGGCUUUCUUGGAGCUUCUUUAAGCAGAUUGUUCUGGUCUUGCAGAAGGUGCUUUCCUAACUUUCCUCUGGAGUUUGGCUGUUUAUUUUCUGUUGAGCUGCUACUGUGGCACUUAAAAGAUCCUGAGUUCUUGGUGCUGGGAGACUGAUCAAUAGCUAAAAUAUGUUGCUAUAUGGUCUUCUAGUCAGGAUGUUUCUGUUGUAUUGGUUUUGUCAAUUGAAUUUUUGUUGACCAAUAAAUGUGUUUCCAAGAUUC